AUGAGUCAACAGGGUUAUGUUGCUGCACCCCCGUACUCCCAGGCCCAGCCCGGGAUGGGGGGCUACCAAGGUGGAUUUGGAGGCGGUCCUGCGCAGCCCCUCUACGGGCACUAUGGGGGACCACCCCAGGCCUUCGCUGCUCCACCCGCGGGUAUGAUGAAAUCACCAGUUUCCUCUGCUGCCGGCAUGCCUCCACCUCCAGCAUCCAAUCAGUACAACCCUAAUGUCCAGCAGAAUGGGGCACAUCCACAAAGAUACCCUGCUCCGCAAGCUGCUUCUGUUUAUGGACAACCUCUACAGUCCCCAUACAACAGCAUGGCUUCUAUGGCCCCGCCUCCAGCGCAACAGCUAACAAAUCAGAUGAGUUCCAUGAACUUGGGCAACUAUGCACCAGGUCCCAUGCAGAGCCCACCACCUCCAACAAGCUCUGUCCAGCAGCCUUUCCAAACUUCCCCUCCUCAAGCGAUGGGCCAGCCACAGAUGUCUCCAGGCCCGCAGUCACCUCACAUGUCUCCCCAGAUGUCACCACAACAGUCACCUAUGUCAGGGCCACCAAUGGGAGGGCCACCAAUGGGAGGGCCACCAAUGGGAGGGCCACCAAUGGGAGGGCCACCAAUGGGAGGGCCACCAAUGGGAGGGCCACCAAUGGGAGGGACACCAAUGGGAGGGCCACAGAUGACUGGACCUCCGAUGGCAGGCAUGGGGAGACCGUUCCCCGGGCCUCCUGGCCCUGGAGGUUUCCAGCAGCCUGGUCCUGGUGCUGCGGGACCACCAGGGUACCCACAGCAAGCAGGUCAGUUUGGGGGAAACAUGGCCGGGCACCAGCCAGGCAUGCCGGGAGCCUUCCCUGGUGCACCAGGCGGAAUGGCUGGACCCCCUCAGAAGAAACUGGACCCCGACUCUAUCCCGAGCAUUACCCAAGUCAUCGAAGAUGACCAAGUGAAACGAGGGGGACAGGUCUACAGCACAAACAUCAGGGGACAGAUUCCACCUCUGGUCACAACCGACUUCACAGUACAGGACCAAGGCAAUGCCAGUCCCAGGUUCAUGCGCUGCACCACCUACUCCCUACCCUGCACCGCCGAUCUGGCCAAACAAUGCCAAGUGCCACUGGCCUCCAUCAUAAAACCUUUAGCAAAUUUGCCAGAGAAUGAGACUCCACUAUAUGUUGUGAACCACGGUGAGACAGGACCGAUCCGCUGCAAUAGAUGCAAGGCCUACAUGUGUCCCUACAUGCAGUUUAUUGAUGGGGGCCGUCGCUACCAGUGUGGUUUCUGCAACUGUGUCAAUGAAGUGCCAGUCUUUUACUUCCAACAUCUGGACCACAUGGGCCGGAGGGUGGACUUCUACGAGAGGCCUGAGCUGUCCCUUGGAUCCUAUGAGUUUGUAGCCACCCUGGACUACUGCAAGAACAACAAGCCUCCAAAUCCUCCUGCCUACAUCUUCAUGAUUGACGUGUCCUACAACAACAUUAAAAGUGGACUGGUCAAACUGAUAUGUGACGAGCUGAAGAACCUACUGGAGCAUCUGCCCAGCGAGGAAGGUGUGGAGGCAUCUGCCAUCAAGGUCGGCUUUGUCACUUACAACAAGGUCCUCCACUUCUACAACGUGAAGAGCGCUUUGGCCCAGCCACAGAUGAUGGUGGUUUCAGACACAGCUGAGAUGUUUGUCCCGCUGCUCGAUGGCUUCCUGGUCAACUAUCAGGACUCGAGGGCGGUUAUCUCCAACCUCCUGGACCAAAUCCCUGAUAUGUUUGCAGACACCAACGAGAGCGAAACCGUCUUUGUUCCGGUCAUUCAGGCCGGCGUGGAGGCAUUCAAGGCAGCAGAAUGUAGCGGAAAGCUCUUCAUCUUCCAGUCCUCCAUGCCCACUGCCGAGGCUCCUGGCAAACUGAAGAACAGGGACGACAAAAAGCUGGUUAACACAGACAAAGAAAAAACCCUGUUCCAGCCUCAGAAAGGAGUGUAUGAGCAGUUGUCGAAGGAGUGCGUGGCACAGGGCUGCUGCGUGGAUCUCUUCCUCUUUCCGAACCAGUACAUGGACAUCGCAACCAUGGCCGAUGUGCCGUCGCACACCGGAGGCUCAGUCUACAAAUACAACAACUUCCAGGUGGAGACCGACGGGGAGCAUUUCCUGAGAGACCUCAGAAAAGACGUGCAGAAGAGCAUCGGAUUUGACGCAAUCAUGCGCGUUCGUACCAGCACAGGUUUCAGAGCCACCGAGUUCUUUGGUGCCAUCCAUAUGAACAACACCACGGACAUAGAGAUGGCGGCUGUGGACUGUGAUAAGGCUUUAACCGUCGAGUUCAAGCACGACGACACGCUGAGUGAGGAGACGGGAGCACACAUGCAGUGUGCCUUGCUGUACACCACCAUCAACGGACAGAGACGUCUCCGCAUCCACAACCUCAGUCUGAACUGCAGCUCGCAGUUGUCGGAGCUGUACAAGAGCUGCGAGACCGACUCACUCAUCAAUUUCUUUUCCAAAUCAGCUUGCCGUGCCAUAUUGAAUCAGCCUCUGAAGACUGUGCGGGAGAUCCUGGUCAACCAGACAGCUCACAUGCUGGCCUGCUACAGGAAGAACUGUGCCAGCCCCUCCGCUGCCAGCCAGCUGAUCCUGCCUGAUGCCAUGAAGGUGUUUCCGGUCUACAUUAACAGCCUAAUGAAAACAGCUCCCCUGGUCGGCAGCACAGAGCUCUCAACAGACGACAGAGCCCACCAGAGGCUGUUGAUCAUGGGCAUGGGGGUGGAGGAGACACAGCUGCUGCUCUACCCACGCCUCACCCCACUGCACAACAUGGAUGUUAGCAUAAAGACUCAUCCCGCUCCGGUGCGCUGCUCAGAGGAGCGUCUGACAGACUCUGGCAUGUUCCUGCUGGAAAACGGCCACUCCAUGUUUCUCUGGCUGGGUCAAGCGAUCCCUCCAGAUCUCGUCCAGAACAUCUUCAACCUGCCCUCCCUUGCCCACCUGCAAGGAAACAUGUGUGCGUUACCAGAGCUGGACAACCCGUUGUCAAACAAGGUACGAGCCAUCAUCAAUGACCUGAUUGAAAAGAGGCCAAAUUCUAUGAAGCUCCAUAUCGUGAGACAGAAGGACAAACCAGAGAUGGUGUUCCGUCAGUUCCUGGUGGAGGACAAAGGCCUGCACGGUGGAGCUUCCUACAUGGACUUCCUUUGCUACGUUCACCGAGAAAUCAGGCAGCUGCUCACCUAACCAACACCACCCGCACCUCCCUCCCCGACGCUUGGCCUCGGUGUCUCUUAUCCACCGGCCAGGAAGGAACACGCCAUGGACAAACACCACAGGGUCAGUCUCCGUUGGCUCAAUCUUAAGGAUGAUCCACAGAAAGAGAACCGUUUUUUGUGUUUCGUGUUUCUUGAAGACAGAGGAAGAAGGGAGGAACCAGAGAGAGCCUUUUUGAGAUUUAACCUUGAGACUCCACAGCUGCCUUUCCAACAUGCUUCGGUGUCCACACAGUAUGAUCUUCAAAUAGCCACUUGUCACUCGAAGACAACGUAAGACAUCGACAACACAUUGUGUUGAGGCUGCAUAGCAUUCAGGGCAGUCAAUCGGGUCUUACAGGCUCAGACAAGCGGUUAUUUAGGGGCCAUACUGUAGUUGUAGUCUUCUUACUCUAUAAAAAGGCCAGUCUUUGUUAUAUUCUAAAAAUUGUAAUCUUUUUUUUUUUAAACUAGAAAGGCUCAAAGAUAUUUUACCAUAUUUAAAUGACUUAUAGAGGCUUCUACAUUCAUGUGCAUCACACCUUUGCUGUCCUAGUCGAAAUUGACUCAAAUAAGCAUAGAUACAAGUAGUGUAUCAGCUUAUUCAAUUGAGCAGAAACAUUGCAGCAGCUGACAGGACUGAAAUGAUUAUACUGAUGCAUACGUGAUACAAAGCAUUCCAUUUGGUCAAACCUCCGAUAAACAACUAAUAAACAACUCCAUUUAUAGUAACGAGAAUCUCCAGUGUGCAGUGGAAACAGAAAACAUUUGUUUCCUUGUUCUGAGAUUAGAAUGAAGUGACAACAAAAACUGGAGUGCCCUGAACAGUUGAAAAGUGUCAGAAUCGGAUUUAAAAAAGGAGGCAUAAUGGGAAGGGACUAGAAAUGAUGCUGUGUGUGAAAGGGACCAAAAAUUUAGUUGGGAGCGAUUCACUUUGGGAAAUACUUUCUAGCAAGCUCUAACAAUGUCAUGUUAUUAUGAAAAAAGGGCCCAGCUGACAAAUCUCCCCAUCAGAUUUGUGUCUGCUCAAUGAAAUCGUGUUAAACUAAUCUAUUAUCUGCAUUAUUGUCCGUAACGAUACCUAAUAUUUCAGUUUUGUGUACAGCAAUGGCAUCGUGCCGCUUGUUUUUAUUGAGAAAACUGCUCUGUGUAAUUCAUGUAUGCAUUUGAUAUGUUGUACGAUUCUUUGUAUGUGACUUAAAAAAAAAAGAAGUCCUUUUUGUACAUCAAAUACACAAUGUGUUUUUCAAAAUAUUAACAUCUGCCUUAAUGAUAUGAUAGUCAAACCAUACACAAAAGAACAUGUCUGAGAUGUCUACGGCUGAUUUCAAUUAUUUUGGUUUGUAUGCAAACUUAUCUCAGGUAAUUUGGGUACCUCAUUAAAGUCGAAAAAAGUGAUUUCAAAAUUAACUGAAAA